GAGACUGAGUUCAGCAGGAGCGUCUCUGAGUUGCAGAGUCAGGUGAAGUAUAAGGAGGCCAGUAAGCAGCAGAUGAGCAGAUCUUUGUACCAUCAGCUCUCAGAGACUCCAGAAACUCAACACGCUCGAGACGCCGCUCGCAUCCAGAGCGAGCUGAAGUACAGGCAGGGCCGGGCGUCUGUGAUGGGCAGUAGUUUGUUCUCGCUGAUGACAGAGAUGCCGCAGAACGAGUUUGUGAAGCAGCAGAUGGAGCUCCGGAGUGAGCUGAAGUAUAAAGCUGACGUGAAGGAAAACUCCAGUAAUCUGUACUCGCUCAUGCCCGAGACGCUGGACAUGCAGUACGCCAAACACGCCGCGGAGUUACAGAGUGACGUGAAGUAUAAGGAGGCCAGUAAGCAGCAGAUGAGCAGAUCUCUGUACCAUCAGCUCCCAGAGACUCCAGAGACUCAACACGCUCGAGACGCCGCUCACAUCCAGAGUGAGGUGGCCUAUAAAGGCAUCAGGAAGGGCGAUUUCUCGGGUUCCUCCUUCACUGCGGUUCCAGACUCGGCAGAGAUGAAGUUCAUUCAGCAGAUCUCGCACGUGCUCAGUGAGAAAGAGUACCGUGAGAAGGGCCAGAGGAGCCUCUCGUCCAGCGUUUACUCUCAGCUGCCCGACACUCCAGAGACACAGUUCAUCAAAUCAGUGUCUGACCUGCAGAGCAAGGUGAAAUAUAAGGCGUCUGGGAAGCAGCAGGUGAGCGACUCGCUGUACGCCACACUGCCAGAGACGCUGGACACGCAACACGCUAAACACGCCACCACCAUCAUCAGUGAGGUGAAGUACAGAGAGGACGGCAGACUGAGUUUGUCCAGUCCAUUAUUCACUCGACUGCCAGAGACGCUGCAGACGCAGACGGCCAGAGAGAUCGCAGACGCACAGAGCGACGUCAGAUAUAAGCAGAAGAAUGAUCAGGUCAGUCUGUAUUCACUCCUGCCGCAGACCGCAGACACAGAGUUUGCCAAACACAUGAGCAACAUCCAGAGUGAGCUUCAGUACAAGCAGGAGGGUAAGAAGGAAGCGGAGAGCAAUCUGUACAGCCUGAUGCCACAGACGCUCCAGACCGAACACGCUAAAGACGCCUACGAGCUGCAGAGUCACGUUAAAUAUAAAGAGAAGAACAAAACAGAUGCAUCUCUUUACGCCUGUCUGCCCGAGACUCAGAACACGGAACACGCCAAACACGCCGGAGAGCUGUGCAGUGAGCUGAAGUAUAAAGAGGCCGUGAAGAAGGAUCUGUCCUCACCGCUGUACUCGCAGAUGAGCGACACCGCAGAGAUCCAGCGUCUCCGAGAUCUCGCCGCACUGCAGAGUCAGUGGAAAUAUAAAGAGGAAUACGAGAAGAACCGGGGGAAGUCGCAGAUGGAGUUUGUGGACACACAGAUAUAUAAAGUGUCAAAGGAAGCGCAGAAGAUGCAGAGCGAGAAGGAGUAUCGUAAGGAUCUGGAACAGGAAGUGAAAGGGAAAGGCCUGACGGGUCUGGAGGAAACACCGGAUCUGCUGCGGGUGAAAAAUGCUGGACACAUCCUGAGUGAGAAGGAGUAUCGUAAGGAUCUGGAGCGUGAGAUCAGAGGGAAGGGAACGGACGUCACAGCAGACAGUCUGGACAUCCAGAGAGCGAAGAAAGCGUCUGAGAUCAGCAGCAAUGUGUCGUACAGACAGGCGUCUCAGCACAGAGAAUCAUCAUACGGUACAGUGACAGACACACCUGCGCUGCUGCACGCCGCUUACCUGAGAGACGUCUACAGUCAGAAGAAGUACCGCGGUGACAUGGAGCGUCUGAAGAGCUCGUGUUCUGCUGCUUCAGACACACCAGAGAUCCAGAGAGUGAAGAACAACCAGCGCAACAUCAGCGCACUCUUCUACACGUGGGACUCGCGGCUGAUGAAGGGUCUGAGGUCAGCGAUCACUGACACUCCAGAGAUCAAUCUGGCUCGAGAAAACACCAAGAACGUCAGUGACGUUCAGUACAGGGAGUCUGUCGGAUCCGGAACAGCCGUGACUGACACUCCUGAGAUGGAGCGCGUGCGCAGGAACCAGCGCAACAUCAGCGACGCCAAAUAUAAGAAAGCGGUUGAUCCGGUCAGUGUGGGAGUGACACCAGAGCUGGAGCGGGUCAAACAGAACCAGCAGAACAUCAGCACGGUGCAGUACCAGCGCAGUUUGCAGGAGGUCAAAGGUCGCUCCUGCUCAGAGUUGGAUACGCCUGAAAUGAGGCGUGUGCGGAAAUCUCAGGAUACUGUUUCCAUGGUAGCAGGACUGUGGCAAUGCCUGCGUGUGACAUCACAGCAUUAACACGUGACUGACACGCCACACGGGUGACGAACGAUAACACGCGUGUGCUAGAAAAGACUCAUGAGUUCAUCAGAGACCAAACCGCACCGUAACACACACCUGCAGUGUGUUUGCAUGAGUGUGUGUGUUGUUGUGUGUGUGUGUGUGUGUUUGCAUGAGUGUGUGUUGUUGUGUGUGUG